CGGCUCUAUUAUGGUCACACAUGAUGUACUGUGGAAUGUUGGGAAAGUGCUAAAGCUCAGCUUCCCUCGCUGAUCACCAGCUGAUCUCCCUCGCCUUCCUCCUUUAUUUCUCCGCACCUCCCCAUCUACUCUUCUUCAACAUCUUCCAUCUCCAUGCACUAUUAAUCCAUCAUUUUCCGCCAUGAAGCUUUCUAUACUGAGCAAGAUCACCUGGGGAUCGUCCGGCCCCAAACAUCUGGACGGCCGCAUCUCGCUCCGUGCAACACGUGACACCCACACUCAGCUUCUGGCCAACGCUUGGGAUCGAGCCUGGCACGCUGUUUCUUCGCUGCAUUGGGUUCCUGCCGCUACAGAGGCCCCUAUCGCUUCAUAUCCUGCAUUUCCCACUCCCUCCGCUCGCAAGGCCAAACGAGCACCUUCCCCGUCGUUGACCUAUGUUGAUGUCAGGGUUGAGGAUACUCAUGCUGAUUUGCAACAUGGUGUCGAUGAGUAUUACUCGUUGAAUGUUACGGAGAGCUCCAGCAGUGUUUCCAUUUCCGCCAAGACUGUCUGGGGUGCUCUCCAUGCGUUUACCACUUUGCAGCAGUUGAUCAUUUCCGACGGUCAUGGAGGAUUGAUUAUUGAGCAGCCUGUCGAAAUUUGGGAUGCACCCUUGUAUCCGUACCGUGGUAUCAUGAUCGACACUGGUCGUAACUUCAUCACGGUCCCCAAACUGCUCGAGCAGAUCGAUGGUCUGGCCCUGUCCAAGCUCAAUGUCCUGCACUGGCACAUUGGUGAUGCGCAGUCGUGGCCUGCACAGAUCGACGCGCAUCCUAACAUGACCAACGACGCUUACUCGAAACGGGAGAUCUAUACUCACGACGACAUGCGCCACAUUGUCGGCUAUGCCCGUGCUCGUGGAGUCCGCAUCAUUCCUGAGGUUGACAUGCCCAGUCAUGCAGCUGCUGGAUGGCAGCAGGUCGAUCCGGAAAUCGUGACAUGCACUGACUCUUGGUGGUCCAACGAUGUAUGGAAGUAUCACACUGCAGUCGAACCAAACCCGGGCCAGCUUGAUAUCUUGAACAACAAAACAUACGAUAUCGUGGGCGAUGUUUACCGUGAGCUGUCGGGCAUCUUCCCUGACAAGUGGUUCCAUGUUGGGGCCGACGAAAUUCAGCCCAACUGCUUCAACUACAGUCGCCAUGUUACCGAGUGGUUUGCUGAGGAUCCUUCGCGUACCUAUAAUGAUUUGGCGCAGUACUGGGUGGACCGUUCCAUGCCCAUAUUCCGCAGUGUCCACAGCAAUCGCCGUCUGAUCAUGUGGGAAGACAUCGUCCUGUCCACUGAGCAUGCCCACAAAGUACCCAAGGAUGUGGUCAUGCAGAACUGGAACAAUGGACUUGAAUAUAUCGAUAAACUGACCGCACAAGGAUACGACGUGAUUGUGUCGUCGUCCGACUUUCUCUACCUGGAUUGUGGCCAGGGCGGAUUCCUUGGCAAUGACCCUCGAUACAAUGUCAUGGACAAUCCAGAUCCCGACACUCCUAACUUCAACUACGGAGGCAACGGUGGAUCGUGGUGCGCACCGUACAAGUCGUGGCAGCGAAUCUACGACUACGACUUUACGACCAACCUCACCGAAACGCAAGCGAAGCAUGUUAUCGGAGCAGCCGCUGCCUUGUGGACUGAGCAGACCGACGACGUGACAGUGUCGAGCAAGAUCUGGCCUCGUGCUGCUGCGCUGGCGGAGCUGGUGUGGUCUGGCAACCGCGAUGACAAGGGACACAAGCGGACGACCUCGAUGACGCAGCGGAUUUUGAACUUCCGGGAGUAUUUGGUUGCAAAUGGAGUGCAGGCUGAAGCAUUGAUGCCGAAGUACUGCUUGAAGAAUCCGCAUGCGUGUGAUCUGAACUACGAUCAGACUGCGGUUCAUUGACUGAAUGGCCGGAAUGGAUCUGGUUCAAUUAGGUUUCGGGGGGUGUAUAUAUUAUGGUGCAUGAUUAUCCAUGUGAUGCUCAUGAUUCUUUAGCUAUGCUGUUGACUUUCGUUUUGCAUCAGAAUGCCCGAGGUAGCAUAUUCAAUGAAUACGUAUACAUUGUGAUAACAUUA